UCAGAUGCCUUGUUUCUUCUCUAGUUUCUUCUCUAGUUUUCUUCUUCUACGGCUCUUCCUUGCGCGCCUCCACCAGCUUCCUCCUUCUUCUCUUCCAUCAUUCCCAUCACGCGUCAACACGCGAGCGAUGGAUUCCCUCUCCACUGUCUCCCCUUCCAUGGUGCUCCCUCCACUAAAUCCUUUCAACCGCCACACGCGCCACCUUGCACUCUUCUCACGCGCCCCUCUCCCUCCCAGUCUUCUCUCUUCCUCGACGUCUUUCUCCAAACUCUUCAGCAUCAGCUUCAUCAGAAGAAGAACAAGAAGGACCACGAGAGGCUUAAACGACGUCUCGUGCAGCGCUGGCGGUGCCGACGACGUUAAGGGAAGCAAAAACGACGGUGGAUACGAUGAAGAAGAGGAGGUUGAGAGGGCGCUUCAUAUGGACGGGACCAUCCCUGGAACCUCCGACGAGUUCGUCAAGCGUGUCUCGUCUCGCGCUUACGACAUGCGCAGGCAUCUCCAACAAUCCUUCGAUACCAGUAGCUACGACGUAUUAGAUUCCAACCCUUGGAGAGAAACUUCAAAGCCUGUUUAUGUACUAACGCAAAAGGAAAAUCAAUUGUGGACAAUGAAAACCCGAAGAAAUAGAAGUGAGGUUGAGCGAGAGCUUGGCUUAUUAUUUUCCAAAGGAGGCAACUGGAGAUCUGGACUUGGGAAUCAGUCCAAACAAGCAAGGGGAGGGACAAAGUUUCAAAUGCUUGUGGAAGAUAUUAGAGAGGGAGUGCUGGUAUUUGAAGAUGAAAAUGAAGCAGUAAAGUACUGUGACUUGCUACAAGGAGGUGGUCAAGGUUGCGAGGGUGUUGCUGAGAUAGAAGCCUCAUCGAUAUUUGAUCUUUGCCAGAAAAUGAGGGCUCUUGCAGUUCUAUUCCGCAGAGGGAGGACACCUCCACUACCCGAAAGCCUUCAGCUCAAUCUGCGAGCUCGGAAACGGUCACUUGAAGACCAGGACGACUGGGAAAGAAAAAAGAAAAAGAAAAAGAAAAAUGCUAAGAUGUAUAAAAUUAUUAAAGCCACGAAAAAAAAUGUACAAAAUUAUUAUUAGAGCUUAGUAAAACUGUAAAAGAAAUUGAUUUCUUGAUUAUAAUUGAAAAGAAUAUAUAUAGCAUGUACGGUUAUGUUACACGUAUACGACAAAACUCGUUUACAAUACUCAGCACGUGAAAAUUAUAUAC